GACUCUGCUUCUAGCAUUUGUCCCGUGCAUGGCCACCGAGCCUGGGAAUGCAAUAAGUGACACAGGACAUUCAACAACACCUGCAGGAUUUACACGCAGAUUAAGUCUCUCUGGGAUUCCCGUAGUCUGAAUGGAGAAAUAUGAGAAAUUAGCCAAGAUUGGUGAAGGAUCUUAUGGCGUGGUUUUUAAAUGUCGGAAUAAGGAGACGGGACAGGUGGUGGCGAUCAAGAAAUUUGUGGAGUCAGAAGAUGAUCCGGUCAUUAAAAAGAUUGCACUGCGGGAAAUCCGUAUGUUAAAGCAACUUAAACAUAACAACCUGGUUAAUCUUCUGGAGGUUUUUAGAAGGAAGCGAAAACUACACCUUGUCUUUGAGUAUUGUGACUAUACUGUCCUUAAUGAGCUCGAGAAAAAUCCCAAUGGGGUUUCUGAUUCUACAACCAAGAAUAUUGUGUGGCAGAUACUGCAGGCUGUAAACUUUUGCCACAAACAUAAUUGCAUUCAUAGAGAUGUCAAACCUGAGAACAUUCUGCUCACCAAGCAAGGAGUCAUAAAACUCUGCGACUUCGGAUUUGCUCGAAUUUUAACCCGGCCUGGUGAUGAUUACACAGACUACGUGGCUACGCGGUGGUAUCGAGCCCCAGAGUUGCUAGUGGGUGAUACCCAGUAUGGAGCUGCGGUGGAUGUAUGGGCGGUGGGCUGUGUCUUUGCUGAGCUUUUGUCUGGGCAGCCUCUGUGGCCUGGCAAAUCUGAUGUGGACCAGCUAUACCUCAUCAUAAGGACACUGGGUAAACUAAUACCGCGACACCAGUACAUUUUCCGCAGCAAUCAAUAUUUCCAGGGCGCAAGUAUUCCCGAGCCUGCCUCCGGAGACAUGGAAACGCUAGAAGAAAAGUUUCCAAACAUCCAGUCGAUUGCUAUGAACUUCAUGAAGGGCUGCCUGCGUAUGGAUCCUGAUGAUCGUCACACCUGUGAGCAGCUCCUAGAAAGUGCUUACUUUAAUCCUGCCCGGGAGGAGCCAGAUAAGAGGAAAACAAAGGGGAGGAGGCGGCUACAGCAGAGCCAACUUUUGCCUCAUAUUCCUGGAAACGGAGCUUCGCCUGCACCAGAGGGUAAAAACAAGCCGCGUGCCUUAAAAUUCGAUCAUUUCCCAAAUAUAUAAUGUCUCCCCCUUCAUUAUCUGGACUAAAGGGAGUCCGAAUAAGCGGUUGCUGAACAGGAAAUUAAAUAGGUGAAUGAGCUGUGGCAUUAAGGACAAGUCGCCAAAUAACUUUUGCCACCUCUGCUGGGCUGCAGCCCCGGGUUUGAUUAACAAGCUUCGAUCUGUGAACAGUCUGCACAAAUAACUUCCAUCAAGAAACAAUUUCAGAGCAAUACUUUACCACGUUUUAUGCAACAGAACAGCCAUUUCCUGAGUACAUUUUGAAGAUGCUGAAAAGGAAUCUUAGGGUUUAGCAAAAAUCUACAUAAUUCUUGUUUUAUAAACUAGGACAAAACUUGAGCAUUUUAAUCAGGAGGAUGUGUAAAUAAAAACAUAAAUCAA